UCUGCUAGCAUUGAGCCGCCUGGCGCCAUCCUGCUACUCUCAGAAAGAAUGCCUUCACUGUAACAAGCACACAGGCAGAGAAAACACAAGAUCUCAUCAGCCAGUUCCAGCUUCUUUUUCUUGGAUCACACACCUCCUUCCCUCGAGCUUUGUAGUUUUUUUUUACUGCCUCAUUCUCAAGGUCCCAGUUCUGACUUCUCCAGGGGGUCCCGUUCUGACCAGCCUUGUGGAACACUUGGUCUCCACAACUUUCCUGCAGAAGUUACUUUUAUUAUUAUUAUAGUUAUUUUUCAUUUUUCUUAUUAUUUUUCAGGAAAACUUUUUUUGAGUUAUUUCUUUUCUUCUAGGAGAAUACACUGGAUGUGAUAUUUUGUAUUUAUUCUGUGAUCAUUGGACAUAACAACGUUGGUGGACAUUCAAAGGUUGCACACUCCAGUUUCUGGUGCAGAUGGAGGUCUCUGCAGACCAACCUCGGUGGGUCAGUCACCAUCACCACCCCUCUGUGUUAAAUGGGCAGCACCCUGACUCCCACCACCUUACUCACACAUACAUGGACCAUGCUCAGUACCCCCUGCCAGAUGAGGUGGAUGUUCUUUUUAAUAUUGAUGGACAAGGGAACCAUGUUCCAUCUUAUUAUGGUAACUCAGUCAGAGCAGCCGUGCAGAGGUACCCACCUGCUCACCACGGGAGUCAAGUAUGCCGCCCCCCACUACUACACAGCUGGCUAGAAGGAAAUAAAGCUUUGGGAGGACCCCACACUACAUCUCCAUGGAACCUUCCUUUCACAAAGACUUCCAUCCAUCACAGCUCACCUGGACCCCUUUCUGUCUACCCCCCAGCAUCCUCUUCAUCCCUGGCUGCAGGACAUUCCAGCCCCCACCUCUUCACUUUUCCCCCUACUCCACCAAAAGACGUUUCCCCUGACCCCUCUAUAUCCACCUCUGGAUCCACUGCUUCCAGCAGACAGGAGGAGAAGGAAUGCAUCAAGUACCAAGUAUCGCUGGCAGAGUCAAUGAAACUGGAGUCCUCUCACCCCAGGAGUAGCAUGCCACCGCUAGGGGGCGCCUCAUCUUCUGCCCACCAUCCCAUCACCACAUACCAAUCCUACGUCCAAGAAUACAGCCCCGGGCUCUUCCCUCCUGGGAGCCUUUUGGGGGGGUCACCAACUGGUUUUGCUUGCAAGUCAAGGCCCAAAACUCGCUCAAGUACAGGCAGGGAGUGUGUAAACUGUGGGGCAACUUCAACCCCCUUGUGGAGGAGAGAUGGCACCGGGCACUAUCUGUGUAAUGCAUGUGGACUCUAUCACAAAAUGAAUGGACAGAACCGACCUCUCAUUAAACCCAAAAGAAGACUGUCUGCUGCAAGGCGGGCAGGUACGUCCUGCGCCAACUGUCAAACUACCACCACUACCCUUUGGAGGAGAAAUGCCAAUGGGGAUCCAGUUUGCAAUGCCUGUGGGUUGUACUACAAACUUCACAAUAUUAACAGACCCUUGACUAUGAAGAAGGAAGGAAUUCAGACCAGAAACCGAAAAAUGUCUAGCAAGUCAAAAAAGAGCAAAAAGAUUCACGACGGCCUUGAGGACUACCCCAAAAGUUCGUUCAGCCCUGCCGCCCUCUCCCGACACAUGUCUUCGCUCAGCCACAUUUCACAUUUCAGCCACUCCAGCCACAUGCUGACCACACCAACACCAAUGCAUCCUUCAUCUGGUCUUUCCUUUGGGCCCCAUCAUCCAUCCAGUAUGGUCACUGCCAUGGGAUAGACAUGAUCUUGUCAUGUCCACUUAGGACCUCAUCCUUGAUGACCUCCCUAAACUAUGGAAAACACGGUAUUUAAAUGCUUACACACUGUUGUGUUUGCCACUUCUAAAGGAAGUCACUAUGGCAUCUACGUAUUCUCAACCACCGAAUCUGGAUCCCAUUUGUGAAUAAGCCAUUCAAACUCCUUUAACCCUGUUGAAAAAGGGGUUCUAGUGCUGUGAACAAAAAAUACAGAACAUUGAAUAUAAAUAUUAUAACUUUAUUGUACAGUUGGAGACUUUAUUGCCAAUUGGCACCUCUUCAAAGAGCAUGAAGGACUUUGGGAAUGUGGUGGGGAUACCAAAGACUUAUUGACUGCCAGAUGUUUUCUUGGCUAAGUAAAUUAACUAACUGCCAACCAAUGUUUUCCUUAACUGGCGGAAGUAGUUUGAUGCAUUAACAUUGUAGGCAGUUAAUACAUUCAGACUAUGAGCCUCUCCUAAGGAAGUUCUAUCAGUCCUGGGCAAUCAGUGUUACCAUAGAGAUAUUGCCAAUAAGGAUUUCCAGAUAGUCAUCCUUUGAGCCGAAAUGCAUUGUGAAUAAGUUCCUGUAAUUGUUGUCUGUUUGUAUAAUUCAAAUGCACAAAAUGAAAAAAAGAUGUAGAUUUAUUUCAUCAUAUUAUACAGACUGAAUGGUUGUAUAAAUUUAUUUACUGCUAGUGUAAAGAACUGCUUUUAUUGUUUUCAUAUUAUUUUUUCUUUCUCUAAAAAUAAAAAUAGAUUACAUUCUGUUGAA